AUGCUGCGCCGACCACUCUGCGCGCUCGGAAGGCCGUCCGCGCUGGCGCUGCUGCCGCGGGCAUGCCGCGUGGCGCCGCGUGCACUCGCGAUUCACCCACGCGCUGCCGCCGUCGCUCCGUGCCGCCAGCUCCACAGCAGCCUGCGCGCUAAAGAGGCGCCCGCAACAAACUGCAUGUGCACUUGGCUGUUCUCUGCACGAGGCUACCGCGCCGGCGGCUGA